AGUAGGAUGAAGUGUUGCCAUAAUUUUUAUUUUCUCGAAAGUCAGACCUUGCUCUGUCGGGUGUGUUACGGUUCUGGGUUUGAAACAAAAGAGAUAUUACACGUGACCUGUUAACCAUUUGUAGGAUGACUGCUAAAAAUGUGUGUGGAAGUCUAUUUGAGAUUCCGGGUAACGUUUUAUAUUUCACAGGGACGUCUGUGUCUAAGCGCGAUUAGUCAGGUCAACGAUAUUUCUGUUUAGUUUUUAGAUGUCAUCAAAGUGUUUUGUUAUUCGGAAAUCAUAAUCCAUAGGAUUGAAAGAACUGUUCACUCAUUCGUAGAAACAUGAGAGCAUCACAUUCUACAGGAUAUACACAGUAAAUUGUUUUAAUUGUGUUGAGAACUAAAAUUAAAAUUAUUCCCGACAAAACUGCUCCGUUCCAAUGUUCCACGAGGAUUUGUGAAAGAACUCAUCUAGUUGUUAUUCGUGAUCAAGUUCAACUUACCAUCAUCGACCUUAACAGAUCAACCAGUGUGAAGUUGUUUAAAGCACCACUAACGAGGAUUCUGCUUUAAAAUACAAAGAAAUGAAAAAUCAGGACCUGUUGUGGUUUAUUAUUUUCACAUCCGCACUUCCCUAUUCGAGUAUCUGUGCUCCGGUAAAUAGCAUUGACUACAAAAAAUAUAAUUCUUCCAUUCAAGAUGAUCCCCAGAAUUCGAAUGAAAACUCAGAAAGAAAUGAAGCUUCAAUUGAAGAAGAGAAACCUUGCUUAUUCGACGGAACGCCAUUCGUACAUGGAGAACACAUUCCGAGAUCUGACCCAUGUGAGAAGUGUCGCUGUAUUUUUGGCGAAGUCGUCUGCUGGGAAGAACUCUGUGACAACACUAAACUUAAUGCCGAAUGUGAAGCUAUGCAUAUAGAAGGAAUCUGUUGUGCUGUUUACGAAUGUCCGGAGUCUGUAUUCAUUGGGCUUAUCGAGGAAAAUACGACACAAAGUGUGUUAUUAGAUGGCAGAACCAACAUUGUAACCAGAUCAACCGACCCGUUUACAGAAACCACUUUAUCUUUAAUAAGUUCUACAAAUCCAACAACAGCUUCUCCAGGAACGCCUUCAGUUCCAUCAGCAUGUCACGUAAACGGAGAAGAAUUUACAGAGGGCGCCCUUAUCCCAUUUUCUAGUGGACCGUGUGUCGAAUGUAGGUGUGGUAAGCACGCACAGAUUAAUUGCAAGCGUCGAACAUGUGAAAAACAUGAUCUUGUCGUUAGAGACAAUGUUCGUUGAAAAACUCUACAAGAACCAGAGAAGCUUGAUGUCAAAAUCACUCGAAAAUAUCGACAAGUUUUCAUCAAGAUUAAAUUGUUGAUUAACAAUAUAUAUAUAUAUAUAUAUAAUAAACAAUAUGCAAAUAUAUAUUAAUCACUCUAAAGGCAUCCGAAAGGGUUUUGCAUCGUACUAUAAUUUUAAUCAAUGAAUGACUGUCAUGCAAUGUAUUUGAGUUUAAACCAAUGAGCGGUUGUCAUGCAAAGUGCCUUAGUUUAACACAUCGAGCAAUUGUCAUGGAAUGUGCUUUAGUUUUAACUAAUUAGCAGUUGCCAUGCAACUUGUGUUUGUUUAAGCCAAUAAGCGGUUGCUAUGUAAUGUACUUUAGUUUAAAGUAAACCAAUAAGCGAUUCUAAUGCAGUAUAUUUUAGUUCAAGCCAAUGAGCGGUUGUCAUACAAUGUGCCUUAGUUUAACACAAUUAACGGUUGACAUCUAAUCUGCCUCUUAAGAAAUGCUGGUUCAAAUUGGUCCUUCAUAAAUGCUGCUUUUAUGUGUUUUCUCACAUGCUAUAAAUUAUUUUUGUUUUGUUUUUAGGGCAGAAAGGUAAUUGAUUUAAAAGUGCAGUAAUUUAAGUUUGUUGUAUUCAACACGUCGUGACAGUGAAAGAACAUCGAAUAUAUAAAAUACUUUUGUUCGAUUUGUUGAAAACUUUAUUUAAUAUAAUUGUAAUUUCUAUCACACAAAAGAAGAUUUAAUAACCAAGAUAAUCCAUGCAGAAUUUCGUGUUAAACAUCUGGGUUAAAAUGAUACAAUGUAUAAAUAAGUUUUUUGAUAGAUUGUUUAGGCAGAGUAUUCAUGAUGAGUAAACUGGAACACACGGCAACUAAACAGAGAUUCGGGAUUAGAGGUAAGUAAUCUAUGGCUGCCACUGGUUGAAACCUCAUGCACUCUUUCCACUAAUCAAAACCAGGGAUAAACAAACCAAUCACAACACGUCCUCCAAAAUCCACCAGAUACUAUAAAGACUUACAACAUCUUACACACACUGACUUUUUUGUUUGUUUCUCUUCACGCGUUUGUACUUGUAACUGUAUAAUCUUGGAACAGCCUUAGUCAAUCGUCAUUCAUCAACAUAUUACAUCGUUGAUGUAUUCCACAAUCCCAAGAAGCAACUGUUAUCAACAAGAAGCUCGAAACUCACCUUCCUUCGUCUUAUUUCCUGAUCUCCAUAAACACAGCUUCUCCUGAUGUCUUGAGACCCUCCACCAAGUUAGUCCAGCAUCAAACAUUUAUGUUUCUAAUUAAAAACUCCAUCCCGGUCAAUCGAAAAUCGUUCAUAUUCACGUGCCAUAUAAUCUUAAUUCAUGAAGUGGGAGGAAGAGAAACAGAAGUUUCUGACCGCCCCUGGUUAUAUUUCGGACACCUUCGGGGCCUGAAAGAUAUUUUUACCUAAAUAAUUACCACAGAUCGGAUCAGAUCAGAUCAGACACUGACCUGGAAACGGAAGACUUUCUAAACAUUUUCUUCUACACUUUUGUUAUUUUCUUACAACAGGAAGUUGCCGUCCAUUCCAAUUUACUCAUCAGUAUCAAUAAGUUACUCUGCCAUUUGAUUAUAAUUAAUGGUUCUCUAGUCGAAUAGGUGUCAAAAAAUCAUUGUUUUAUUGGUAACAAACCAUGGUAACAGUUACUUGACGAGUUUUAUAAAUUAGUAUAGUUUCAAACCAUUUUAGUAUUUCAUUAGUUUGACAAAUGGGGGACAAAAGUUUAAAAUCUUGAUAUAAACUUGUUUUCUACGAACAAAAACACAAAUUACAGAAACUUUAUAUUUGUAUUUUAGAAAAUGAUUUUCAGAAAAAAUAAUUUUUGCUUGUUGUACGCCAAGCAAAAUGAUACUCAAUUUUAUUGUUAUUAAGUGAUAUAUGAUAGGAUACAGGACUAUGAGUAUCUAAUAAUUUUGUAACUAAAACCUAUUUGAAAUAUAUAUUUUUUUAUUAUGAUUUGCCAGGAAGAAUUCGUAAUAACCUGAAACUUACUUAGCGAUUUAAUUUAUCUGUUUUCAAUGGCUUUUUUAGUACUAACAGGAAAAUAAUAAACUAAAAUGUAUAUUUGAAGCAAAUAUUUGAAAUAUAUGUUGUUUUUUUUAUAUUUGUUGUAUAAUAAAACAAAAUCUUAAAUCACAUUGUAUUCCAGACGUUUAAGCUUACGAUGUGUCAUUAUUGUUUACUUUUGAUCAUACUAAACGCGAAAUGACAGACCCGUUUCAAUAGCAACAUAUUGGAAGAAUUUUUUUCAGUUUUGAUAUUUUUCUGAUAUAUUAAAUUAUCUUACAAAAAUAAACAUUUAAUAAUUUGGUGCCAACUAUUACAUUAAAUAUUCAAUAAAUUGUAAAAGGAAGUUUAAUGUAAACCAUUGUAUUUUCGAUGUUAACCUAGUUGUAAUAUAUGUCUUACCACAUUGA